AUGAAUGCGCUUUUUGCUCUGGGCUCCAACGGCUCCGGGCAGCUCGGAAUCGGCCACCUAGAGGACGUGUCGGUGCCGAAACCCGUGCAUUUCCACCCUGCGCAGCCCGACUCGGUCAUCGUCCAGGUGGCCGCCGGCGGCAACCACACGCUGCUGCGGACCGCCGCUGGGCACGUCCUUUGGAGCGGCGACUCGGCGACGGGCGCGUGCGGCCUCGGGCCGCGCACCGACGUGCCCGUCUUUCAAGAGCUGCGUCUGGUCCGGGACGGCGGAAGCGGAGUCGGCCGCGUCCGCUUCAUCGCCUGCACGUGGGAGGCGUCUUUUCUCGUAGCGCAGGAUGCGGACGGCAGGGCGACCAGGCUCUACAGCUUCGGUGUGGGCAUGAAGGGCGAGCUUGGCCAGGGCGAGCUGAUUGUGCGGACGCCGUCGGCCACUGCGUUUACGGAUUUCCCGCCGCCGAAUACGGAAAUCGUCGACAUGUCUGCCUGCAUGGGCCAUGUUGUCGUGGUGUUGAGUAACGGCGACGCCUAUGGAUGGGGCAACUGCCGCAAGGGACAGGCGGGCGUGCCGGAGCAAGUCAUAUAUUCACCACGAAAGGUCGAGGGUUUGGAGUUCAAGGUCACCCGGGCCGUGUGCGCAAAGGAAGCGACUGCAUUUUUUGGCGAGCCCGCCAGCGGCGACCUCGCCGUGCUGGGCCUCGACAAGUGGACGCUAUCUUCGGGCCGGCCUGCAGAGGUGCCGCAUUGGGCUGAUGUUGGAGCUAGCUGGGGAAAUAUAUACAUUCUCGGUACGGACGGCACGCUUCUCGGCUGGGGCCGUGACGACCACGGGCAGCUGCCACCGCCAAAUCUGCCAAUACUCACGAAAAUCGCCAUUGGCAGCGAGCACGUCGUUGCGCACGCCCAGGACGGCGACGUCCUGUCCUGGGGCUGGGGCGAGCACGGCAACUGCGGACCCAAGGUUGAGAACAACAAUGUAAAGGGUCGCUGGAAUGUUAUUGCUUCGUCAAAGUACGUUCCGGCAGACUCGCAAAUAGCAAGUAUUGGAGCCGGCUGUGCGACCAGCUGGGUCUGCAUAGCGCCGCGGUGA